CCAACUGUAGUACUUCACCAAUUAAUUACUGUCAGAUUGGUCUUCCGGGUUUUGAUUCCAUGCCAUCUGCGUUAAAUAUGCUAAGCAAGCAUGAGCGUGCAUCCUACUGCAAUCGUUAUUGGGAGAGCCAAUUUAAAAAGGUAUCAUCCUUGGAUUUUUCUCGGGACCGCAAAAUGAUGAGUGUACUUUGCAGCAGGAAGCAGAUGGACAUUAUCUUCUCCAAAGGUGCUCCAGAAAGCAUACUUUCUAGAUGCACCAAAAUUCUGUGCAAUGAUGAUGGUUCUACUAUUCUUCUUUCUGCCAAUAUCAAAGCACAACUAGAGACGAUGUUUAAUAGUUUUGCAGAAAAAGAAACUCUAAGAUGCCUAGCUCUAGCCUUGAAACGGAUUCCUAUGGGCCAACAGUCUCUCUCUGUUGAUGAUGAAAAAGACCUUACAUUUGUUGGAUUGGUUGGAAUGCUUGACCCACCAAGGGAGGAAGUAAGAAAUGCCAUCCUUUCAUGUAUAACUGCUGGGAUACGUGUUAUAGUUAUCACCGGAGAUAACAAGAUGACAGCUGAAUCAUUGUGCCGAAAGAUUGGUGCUCUUGAUCACUUUGGCAAUUUUGAUGGACUUUCUUAUACUGCUAGUGAAUUUGAAGAACUUCCAGCAUCACAGAAGAUAGUGGCAUUGCAAAGAAUGACCCUUCUAUCCAGGGUUGAACCAUCUCAUAAAAGGAUGCUAGUUGAAGCCUUACAGAAUCAAAGUGAAGUGGUUGCAAUGACUGGAGAUGGAGUCAAUGAUGCACCUGCUCUCAAGAAAGCUAACAUUGGGAUUGCCAUGGGAUCAGGAACAGCUGUUGCAAAGGCUGUUGCCGAGGGAAGGGCUAUAUAUAACAACACAAAGCAGUUCAUUCGAUAUAUGAUAUCUUCUAAUAUUGGGGAAGUGGUCUGUAUUUUUGUGGCAGCAAUACUUGGAAUACCUGACACACUUGCACCCGUCCAGUUGCUGUGGGUAAAUUUGGUUACUGAUGGCUUGCCUGCCACUGCUAUUGGGUUUAAUAAACAAGACUCGGAUGUUAUGAAGAUAAAACCUCGCAAGGUUAAUGAAGCAGUUGUUAGUGGGUGGUUAUUCUUCCGGUAUCUAGUUAUUGGAGCAUAUGUUGGGCUAGCCACUAUUGCAGGAUUUAUUUGGUGGUUUAUUUAUUUUGAUAAUGGGCCUAAACUUCCGUACGGUGAAUUGAUGAAUUUUGACAGCUGUUCAAGAAGGGAAACUAGCUAUUCUUGUAGCGUAUUUAGUGACCGGCACCCAUCUACCAUUUCAAUGACAGUGCUUGUUGUUGUUGAGAUGUUCAAUGCACUGAAUAAUCUCAGUGAAAAUCAAUCCUUGCUUGUCAUUCCACCAUGGAGUAAUAUGUGGCUUGUUGCUUCAAUUGUUCUGACAAUGCUGCUACAUGUACUCAUUCUGUAUGUGCAACCGUUAUCUGUUCUCUUCUCUGUGACACCACUUGGUUGGGCAGAGUGGACCACUGUUUUUUAUCUUUCAUUUCCUGUAAUUAUAAUUGAUGAGAUGCUGAAAUUCUUAUCUAGGAAUUCAGGCAUGAGAUUCAUGCUCAGGUUCAGGCGACGGCCAGAUUUACUCCCUAAAAGACGAGAAAUUCGUGACAAGUGACAAGGGACAGCUUACUUGAUUUUGUGAGGCCAUACAUACUUUUGUAAAGUUAUUUGAAUUAAGUUUGGAGUCAGUCUCCCAAGAGUGAUACUCCCUCCGUCCCAAAAUAUUUACAACAUUUGUUUUUUCAGCAGUUGCGGGAAAUUUU